UGCCAAUUCAUACCAGCCACGUCACAGUGGUAAGCUCCGUCGAGUCCGCCCUAGGAAUUUUAGCAUCAACAGCAUGGGUGCCUGGUGUUUGCGUCAUAUUCUUGCAGGACCCCCUGUCUGUGCGGGCGAGCUCAUUUAAAUACCGAGACCAUCCCUCCUGAGUUCUCCCCCGUGCAUCCACUAAACUGCACCACGGCAAUUCCCACGGCGCGCUCUCAAAAAAGAAAUACAUGCCCAUGUAUCUUUUCAAUCUGCGAUGAUUGAACCCACAGACAGUAGCCUACCCACCGGGGUCGAUUGGCUUUUUUCUCAGCUCCGAAGACUGCUGCAUCUACCGAAGGGCGCGAGAAGAAAUGGCAGGGCCGAGAGAGCAUUUGUCGCGAUGCCACUGCUGGGACUUUCCAUUCUUGCAUUUGUCAUUAUGGACGCACGCUCCGCGCUCCCACCGGCCCGCGACAUCUUACAAGGCGGGGAGAUUAUUUGGGCCGAUGGCGCCGUUCCAGUUCGGACCUCGUUUUACGGCGUGAAGUGGCUUGAUGACUUACUCUCCGUUAUGAAUAUGUUCUUUGUGCCGUCAAUUUACGGUUACGAUCAUGCCGCCCACGCCCAAGCUUUAUCGUUUCUCUCUGAUGCUGGCGUCUUGCUGGCUGUCUGGUUGAUUGAGUCUCUCCGCAGCAAGGAGGCUCUGUGGUUUUUGCGAGUCCCAGGGGCGUUUGCUCUUGCGGGCCAGCUUCUAGGCAUGGGCGUCGUCUGUCCGUUCUACUACUUUCUUCACUACGUCUUUUCUCCAGCCGCCGUCCGCAUUCCGUCCACCGCGAAUCAGCGCCAGGUACUAGCUGCUUUCUCUGCCGUCGUUGUCGCAUUUUCUUUUCCGGCUUCAGCAAUGUUCUUUUGGCCCAGACCCGACACGAGGCAAGCGUGGCUGUUCCUUUGGCAGCUCUAUCCUCUCUAUAUGGCCGUCACAUAUGCUGUAGCGUCAUUGGUUCUUCCUGAGUCGCCCAUCAGACUUUCAAGCACGGCAGCCACCCGUCUCUGCAUUGCCUGCUUGUCUGGGCUGGGUGCGACAGUGUGGCUCUGGACAACGCAUGGCAGUCUAACGGGGAUUGCACCCAUUUUUAUCCCCACGGCCAUUCCACGCUUUACCUUACCGGACUUUACGGCCUUUUGCCGGCAAUUCCUUUCCUGGGACGAGGUUUUUGUGUUUGGGUCUAGCCUUCUAUGGCUUGCCUACCUUAUUAACGACCUCGAUCGUCUAGGGCCAUAUGGCUGGCCCCUGGUCCUGCUUGGCACCAUUAUCUGUACUACUACACUCGGCCCCGGGACUACUGUCGGACUAGGCUGGCUCUUGAGAGAAGAACUGUUGGCAAGGAAAUCCAAAAACAAGAAGCAGGGCUUAGCAAAGCACCUCUAAAGUUGUCGUCGUUAGUUCUGGUCCUUGAUAUCUUGUUAAAACGAUGUUUUCCACGUAGUCUCGGUUGCUGCAAAUUAUUAAUAAUAACCGGUUAACGUUACCUGUAUUGUCGAGCAUUUUAAUCAUUCGUCAUUCUCUCGUCAUUCUCAGGGCGCAAGAUCACAAGUUAGGCAAGGGGCACGUGACCUUAUCAUGGGGGCUAGAGACAAUAGACCUCC